ACCACCUCAUAUGCGCCGACGAGCGAACGACCGAAUCCGAACGGAUGCACCCAUACGAUUUCCUAGCGUUUCUUAAGUUGAACUUCAUUUCGAGCCAGAGCUGGGGACGAAGAGGCGGAGAUGGGACGAAGCAGAUGUGGAAAGGAGCGGAGGCAAGAUUGGAAGAAGUUAUGCAAGAUACCCAGCUCGCGCCGCGGGCUCAUUCUGACAUACGAUGUUUACACUUUCUUUGUUUUGUGUGUUUCUCUUCAUCUCAUUGCGCUGUCUGGAAAAAACGGGCACCAUGGGCCCCGAAUCUCUUUUCCUUGCGGGCUUGUUGGUCAAACCCUUUCCUACUCUACGACUUACCUUCUAAUGUACAUGUUUGUGUUUACGGGUUUGAUGGAGAAGCUUGUGGGGGUUGAGAAGCGGUGGCGAGGCUGACGACCGAUGAAGGAACGAGGAACAACUCGGGCUCGCGUCAGCCUUUACAUGGCAAAAGGAAGGACGCAACUAUCAAUUGGCAAAGAUGCUUUGGGCUUAG